AUGCCGAUCCGUCAAUUCCAAGUUGUUGGCCGUAAGGCUCCCACCGAAAAAGAACCAAACCCGCCAGCUUACCGCAUGAAGCUGUUUGCGCCGAACCCGGUGCUGGCUCAGUCCCGUUUCUGGUACUUCUUGCACCAGAUGAAGAAGAUGAAGAAGACAACGGGCGAGAUCUUGGACAUUAACGAGCUCACGGAGAAGAACAGCCGCGUGAUCAACAACUACGGCAUCUGGAUCCGUUACAACUCGCGCAGUGGCACCCACAACAUGUACAAGGAGUACCGUGACGUGACCAUGUGCAAGGCUGUCGAACAAAUGUACUCGGAACUAGCUGGCCGUCACCGUGCGCGCCCUCGCUCGAUCCAGAUCAUGCGUACGGCAAUUGUGGCUGCCAAGGACUCGAAGAAGCUGAACGUGCAGCAGUUCCACGACUCGAAGAUUGCGUUCCCGCUGUCCCACCGUCUGCCACGUGCGGCCGAGAAGCACCAGAAGACGGUGUUCAAGGCUUCGCGUCCUUGCACGUUCCGCGGUUAA